AUGGGAAUGUUUUUCAACUGCAUGGGUUUUAUGGCAUUAGCACAUGUUGACUCCAUUGGCCAGAGUGGGGAUAUUUGGAUGAUUUGGAACCCCAAUGUGGUGAAUGUCAGAGUUGUGGAGGCUUGUUCUCAACAAAUAAUAACAACAAUCUCUGAGCAAGACUACCAAGAUUGGUUGUUAUCAGCGGUGUAUGCAAGUCCUUAUGCUAGCAAGAGGGAUGGGCUAUGGGAACAUCUUGAGGCUAUUGCUAAGUCCAUGAAUGAACUUUGGCCAGUUGUAGGAGACUUUAAUGAAUUCACCUCCCAAAAUGAGAAAAGAAGCCUUCAAGGGAGCAACAAUCAAAGCAUAAGCCAAGAUCAAAGAAGAAGUAGAAAGUUUAAUGAAAGACUCAAUAAUUGUAAUUUGAUGGAUUUGGGAUGCGCAAGACCAUGGCUAACAUGGUCUAAUUAUAGGAAAGGAUGGGCAAAUACAAUGGUUAGGUUGGAUAGGGCUUUGUGUAACAUUGAGUGGAGAACUACCCUUCCAGAUGGGGCUGUCAAAAACCUACCUUGCACAUACUUGGAUCAUUCUCCGAUGAUGGUGUUUACUCAAGGUAAGUCUCCUUUUAACCCUUCUUGUAAACCUUUUAAGUUUGUGGUUGCUUGGAUCACCCAUGAGAAUUUUAAGGUUGUGGUGGAGGAUAGUUGCGCUAAGCCUUCUCCCUCUUUGAAUGAGAGUCUUGCAAUUCUUGCUCAAGAUGUUAGUACCUAG